AUGUCGAGGACUGCACCAGUCGAGUCUGGCGAUCUAGGUAGUGGCGAUGAUGUUCCUGCUACAAUUGCUCCACCUCCUCGACCACUUUCACCAAUAGAUACUACAUAUCACGGCGCAUCUGAUGCUGAAAUGGGCACUGCUACAACCGCUCCAGAUCGAGCUGAUGAGAAUCUCACACAGCAAUUGAGAGGCCCAGAGCCAUCUAACGUUGUAUCUUGGGAUAGCGAUACUGAUCAAUUGAAUCCUAUGAAUUGGUCUAAUACUAAGAGAUGGGCCAAUACGGGAGUGAUCUCUGUCAUGACCUUCUCCACGCAAGUGAUUCCCUCCUCGUUUCACUCCAAUUUGCUAAUUUUCUACAGUCCUCUCGCAUCCACCAUGUUUGCUCCUGGUGUUCCUCUCGUCAUGGAAGAAUUCCAAUCUACGAAUAUGAUUUUACAAACUCUCGUCGUCUCAAUCUUUGUCCUCGGUUUUGCCGCUGGUCCCAUUAUUGCGGCGCCAAUGUCUGAAUUGUAUGGUCGGAAACCAGUUUAUCUGACUGCCAAUUUCUUGUUCUUAUUGUUCACACUUGGCUGCGGUUUGUCGACUGAUCUUAACAUGCUCAUCACAUUUCGAUUCUUGGCAGGAUGUGCUGGAGGAGCACCCACUGCACUCGGCGGCGCAAGUAUCGGCGAUAUGUUCCAUCGAGAUCAACGCGGACUCGCAAUGGCUCUUUGGGGAAUGGGACCGUUGAUGGGACCAAUAGUCGGACCAAUCAUCGGAGGUGUCCUUGCUGCAAAUGCGGGAUGGCGAUGGGCUUUUUGGUUGGAAGCUAUUAUUGCGGUUGUGACCUUGAUUGGAGGAUUUUUUCUCUUGCAAGAAACUUAUCCGGUUGUUAUCCUAGAGAGAAAGACGAGACGGAUUAUCAAGCAAACGGGAAACAAGGCGAAAGUAUCGGCUCUUUCUCAUACGGAUACGCCAAUGGUCCAUUUCACUCAUGCUAUAGUCCGACCUUUGAAGACGUUGUUUCGUUCACCAAUCGUCUUUCUACUCUCCGUAUACUAUGCUGUUCUUUUCGGAUACUUGUAUCUAUUCAUCACGACAUUUCCAUUUACAUUUUCCAAUCAGUAUCAUUUUUCCGUUUCACUUAGCGGUCUUUCGUAUCUGGGUCUCGGAUGUGGGAUUGCCAUUGGGCUUUUCGUAUCGGGGAAGGUAUCGGAUCCGAUUUUCACGAGGUUGACGGAAAAGAAUGGAGGAGUUGCCGAACCGGAAUAUCGAUUACCUGCGCUGAUGCUUACGAGCCCGCUGAUGGCGCUUUCGCUUUUUGUCUAUGGAUGGACGGCGCAAGCGAAGAUUCAUUGGAUCGUGCCGAUUAUCGGGACGAGCUUCUUUGGGAUUGGAAUGAUUCCUGCUUUUCUCUCAAUAAACAUGUACCUAGUCGAUAGUUUCCCUACCUACGCCGCCUCGGCAAUAGCAGCAACGAAAGUUUUCCAAUCUAUCGGUGGUGCUUUCUUACCAUUAGCAGGCCAGCCUUUAUAUUCAGCUCUGGGAUUGGGUUGGGGGAACAGUGUGUUAGGGUUUAUAGCGUUGGCGUUCUUUCCGGUGCCGAUAUUGUUUUUUAGGUAUGGAGGGUGGUUGAGGGAGAGGGGGGUGGUGAAGCUUUGA